GUCUCAACAUACACAUACAAGAGACAUAAGUCAAAUCUGUUGCUGCCCGUCCCAGAAAACCACCAUCAGCAUCCUGCCGGACAUACAAGAGGCUAAACCAUGAUCAAGCGCAAGCUGAGCUUCAAGUGGUUUGGUAGCCUCACAAACCUCCGGCGGAAAUCAGAUGCGCAGAAAGAUGACGAAUCAGUCAAAGAAAUGUCCACCGACGACAUGGGCAUGCAUCCACGAAGCCCGAGCUAUGCCACCUCUAGUGAAAUGUACACACACAUGGGCACCAUGCCGCGCCAUUCUAAGAAGGACAAAAACUCGAAAAAGAGCAAGACCAAAGACAAGGCCAACCUCACUCGGAGCCAAAGCUUGAGACCAGACCAUGUGGUUGAAUCUCCUCUCCUUAGUAUGCUUUCUGGAAAGGGGCUGGAGGUUCUGGAAAACCCCAUUAUUGAAGACAAGACGGCUUACAUCCAGAAUCGAGACCUUCCACCUCCUCCAUGUGUGGAUGGACACUCAACAAGGCUGGAAGAUGAAAAUAAGAAGCUUGAAGUAAACUUCAAACAUGUUGAUGCAUCGAAUGCAUGUCUGGGAGCUUCAAUAGAACUAUGCGUGAGCCAAGAGUCAACGGUCCAGCCAGUGUUGCCCAAGAAGAGACUUAAAGAAGGAGACAAACUGAUGAAGGACACUGAGGAGCUCAAGGAGGACAAUAACUUGAUCCAGUUGCCUCAGAAGACUGGCAACCAGAUGGAGAAGAAGAUAGCAGUAGAAGAAGAUGCUAAUAUAGUGUGGAACUAUAAACUUGACGGCCAAGAAGAGAAGGAGUUAAACAGUGAACUGGACAUCACAGAAAACCAGGGAGAAUAUGUGGAGUUCUCCAAGGAGAAGUACCUGCUGGAGUCUCCUCCAGAGAAACUCAGGAAGGAGCUGGAGGAGGAACUCAAACUCAGCAGCAGUGACAUGAGGAGCCACGGCUGGUACCAUGGCCAUAUUCCACGAGAGGCCUCUGAAACCUUGGUCCUACGCAGCGGCGACUUCCUAGUACGGGACUCCUUGUCAACAGUGGGCGACUAUGUCCUGACCUGUCGCUGGCAGCAAGAAGUGAUACACUGUCGGAUCAGUAAAGUCCUGGUCAAAAGCGGACAAACUAAAAUCCAGUACAUGCUGGAGAAUGAGAGCUUCGAUUCUGUCCCCACGCUGGUAAGGCACCACGCUGGUACAGGUCGAGCAGUGUGUCCACGAACAGGAGCCCAGCUGCUGUGUCCGGUGAACCGAACGCUGCCACUGAGGUACCUGGAGGCCACGUUUGCUUUAGCUGGAGGAAGACCUGGAUCUGCAUAUUCACCAUCUGCCCAGAGGGGGGCGCAUAUCAAAAGACGCAGUGUUACUAUGACAGAUGGACUCACGACAGAGAAGAUCAUUCCUCACAGUGCCGCCCAGCCUACACAGCCAGAUGAGCCUCAGACAGUCGAGCCAGAGGUGAAACCAGCGGAGGGCAACAGCUGCCCUUCCACAGUGCACCAUAAGGAUGCCAUGAGGAACUGUGCCAUGAGUAUGGAUCAGAUCCAAGAGUACCGCUGUCCACUGUCCCCUGUGGGGGAAACACCUCAAUCCCCUGCCUACAGCGCCAUCUCCCGCCACAGACAUGGUUCAGGUGGACGUGUGCUUGCCGUCAUCCCGCCUUCUCCAGUGAUGAGGCGCUCCAGCGAUCCCCACCUUUCGCCAUCCUCCUCCAAUAACAACAUUCCCUGCUCAGAAACGGGCCCUAGCACUUACUCCACACCUGCUCAUGGGUACCAAUCUGAGAGUUUAGAGCAAGGCGGCAGCUACUGUGAGCUGAGACCCGGACAAGCCCCCAUUCCUCCCUGCAAGAGCUACGUAGAGAGGUUGAAGGUGGAGGAGGGCCAAAGCCUGGGCUCUGGAGCUCCAGACGGAGUGGAGGGCUUCAUGCUCCCCCUGGUGGAGACUAGUUCAUCCUUCAAACCAGGGAAAUACCAGUCGACUCUUCUGCCACCUGAAAAUAAACCUCUGGAGAUGAGCGUGUUGAAGAGGGUGAAGGAGCUUCUGGCGGAGGUGGAUCCCAAAACGGCCGCCAAGCACAUCACCAAGGCUGACUGCACGGUUGCUAGGAUACUGGGCGUUACCAAGGAGAUGCAGAGGAUGAUGGGAGUGAGCUCAGGGCUGGAGCAGCUGACUCUUCCUCAUGGACAUCAGUUGAGGCUGGAUCUGCUGGAGAGGUUUUACACCAUGUCAAUAAUGAUGGCGGUGGAUCUGUUAGGCUGUACAGGCAGCACGGAGGAGAGGGCAGCCCUUCUGCAUAAAACUAUCCAGCUGGCUGCUGAACUCAAGAGCAACAUGGGUAACAUGUACGGAUUUGCUGCGGUCAUGAGAGCCCUGGAGCUGCCGCAGAUCUCUCGACUGGAGCAGACGUGGAUGACACUGCGACAGAGACACACAGAAGGAGCCAUUCUCUAUGAGAAAAAACUCAAGCCAUUUCUGAAGGCCAUGAAUGACGGCAAAGAGACGUGUGUGCUGUCGAGUACGUGUUUCCCUCAUGUGGUGCCAGUCUUGUCUCUGCUGGAGCGCAGUGUGGCAGCAGGAGAGGCUCUGGAGAGCUGGGAGAGUGUGGAGUCUGGUGUGGAUGUGGUCAUGAGUCACUUGGAGGCAGCCAGAACCAUCGCUCACCAUGGAGGACUGUACCGCACCAAUGCAGAGAGCAAACUUCAGGAUUUCCAGGAGCGAAAGGAGGUGUUGGAGAUCUUCUGUACAGAGUUUCAGAUGAGGCUUUUAUGGGGCAGUCGUGGCUCUGAAGGCAGUCAAACGGAGCGUUAUGAGAAAUUCGAUAAAGUCCUCACCGCUCUAUCCCACAAGCUCGAACCUCCUGUACGACACAGUGAAUUAUAGCACCACCCACAAUCCACAAAUGGUAUGACCCUUCACCUGUCUGUGGCUCCUACUCCUGGACUGUACCAUUACGCUUUUCGUGGUGGAGAAUAUGAGGGACUCACUUUGCAAAACAAGGCACAAAAGGGCACAGGCUUUAUGCGAGCAUGAUCGUGCCCCCUGAAGGACACAGAUGUGAACUGCAGCAAUGGAAUAAAAUAAAUCUAAAGCCAAAAUUCUUUCUUCAGUGGCGACCACUUUCUUUGUAGAAGGAGAGAAUGUGACGAAGUCCAAGUUGACUUUAACCCAAAUGGGCCUGAAUCCUGUUUUAUGUGAAUUUAUGAGUUCUAAUCAGUGUUUGUUACUUGUAAAGGGGACGAGUCUCUGUACCGGAGAUGAGACUGCUUUGACGUUUCAUAGUCACGACUUUUUGCUGGAAUAGACUGAAUACACACUCACUUGUCAGAUGUCUGAAUGUAAGUUGCCAAAUCAUGAAUUCAAACGGAUAUCUGCUGGAUAAAGAGUCUUAUUUUUAUGCUCAUUAUUUUGCAUUUCGCUUAUGUUUAUUUUCUGUUUUGUCAUGGCUUUAUUGAUAAAAAUGGAAUUGGGCUUUC